AUGGAUUUCCCCCAGCAUAGCCAGCACGUCCUGGAGCAGCUGAACCAGCAACGGCAGUUGGGGCUCCUAUGUGACUGCACCUUCGUGGUGGACGGCGUUGACUUUAAGGCCCAUAAAGCGGUGCUGGCUGCCUGCAGCGAGUACUUCAAGAUGCUCUUUGUGGACCAGAAGGAUGUGGUGCACCUGGACAUCAGUAACGCGGCAGGCCUGGGCCAGGUGUUGGAGUUCAUGUACACAGCCAAGCUGAGCCUGAGCCCCGAGAACGUGGAUGAUGUGCUGGCUGUGGCCAGCUUCCUCCAAAUGCAGGACAUUAUCACAGCCUGCCACACCCUCAAGUCCCUCGCUGAGCCAGCCGCCAGUCCUGGGGAAAACAUGAUGGCCGUGACCACGGAAGGAGGGGACAAGAGAGCCAAGGAGGAGAAGGCUGCUGCCACCAAGCUGAGUGUGCUGGAGCAAGCGGGAAGCAGCCCAUCAGCAGGCUCGGGCAGAGAACCCAAGGAGGAGCGAGGUGGUCAGGCCGUGAGUGCGGCCAGUGGGGCAGAGCAGACAGAGAAGGCAGAUGCCCCCCGGGAGCCACCGUCUGUGGAACUCAAGCCAGACCCCACUAGUGGCAUGGCUGCUGCCGAGGCUGAACCCGCCCUGUCGGAGAGCUCUGAGCAAGCCCUGCUCUCUGUAGAGGUGGAACCAGCCAGGAAAGGCGAAGAUGAGCCAGAGACAGAGGGCGCCGGGUCAGCUGCAGUCAAGGAAGAGGGAGCCCAGCUGGAGAAUGGCGAGGAUCAUGAGGAGUCAGGGGGCACGGACUCAGGCCAGGAGCUCAGCGUGGAGGCCCGGAGCCUACGCUCAGGCACCUACGGCGACCGCACCGAGUCUAAGGCCUACGGCUCCGUCAUCCACAAGUGUGAGGACUGCGGGAAGGAGUUCACGCACACGGGGAACUUCAAGCGGCACAUCCGCAUCCACACGGGCGAGAAGCCCUUCUCGUGCCAGGAGUGCAGCAAGGCUUUCUCCGACCCAGCCGCAUGCAAGGCCCACGAGAAGACGCACAGCCCCCUGAAGCCAUACGGCUGUGAGGAGUGUGGCAAGAGCUACCGGCUCAUCAGCCUGCUGAACCUGCACAAGAAGCGGCACUCAGGCGAGGCCCGCUACCGCUGCGAGGACUGCGGCAAGCUCUUUACCACCUCCGGCAACCUCAAGCGCCACCAGCUGGUGCACAGCGGCGAGAAGCCCUACCAGUGUGACUACUGUGGCCGUUCUUUCUCUGACCCCACCUCCAAGAUGCGCCACCUGGAGACCCACGACACCGACAAGGAACACAAAUGCCCGCACUGUGACAAGAAGUUCAACCAGGUGGGGAAUCUGAAGGCUCACCUGAAGAUCCACAUCGCGGAUGGGCCCCUCAAAUGCCGAGAGUGUGGGAAGCAGUUCACCACCUCAGGGAACCUCAAGCGGCACCUUCGGAUCCACAGUGGGGAGAAACCCUAUGUCUGUAUCCACUGCCAGCGGCAGUUUGCAGACCCAGGAGCACUGCAGCGACAUGUCCGGAUCCACACGGGCGAGAAGCCAUGCCAGUGUGUGAUGUGCGGCAAAGCUUUCACCCAGGCCAGCUCCCUCAUUGCCCACGUGCGCCAGCACACUGGCGAGAAGCCCUACGUCUGCGAACGCUGCGGGAAGAGAUUUGUCCAGUCCAGCCAGCUGGCCAAUCACAUUCGCCACCACGACAACAUCCGUCCCCACAAGUGCAGUGUUUGCAGCAAAGCCUUCGUUAAUGUCGGGGACCUGUCCAAGCACAUCAUCAUCCACACUGGGGAAAAGCCUUAUCUCUGUGACAAGUGUGGUCGUGGCUUCAACCGGGUGGACAACCUGCGUUCCCACGUGAAGACCGUGCACCAGGGCAAAGCAGGCAUCAAAAUCCUGGAGCCAGAGGAUGGUGGCGAGGUCAGCGUGGUCACGGUUGAUGACAUGGUCACACUGGCCACCGAGGCGCUGGCAGCAACGGCCGUCACUCAGCUCACAGUGGUACCGGUAGGGGCUGCAGUGACAGCUGACGAGACGGAAGCCCUGAAAGCCGAGAUCACCAAAGCUGUGAAGCAAGUUCAGGAGGCAGACCCCAACACCCAGAUUCUCUACGCCUGUGACUCCUGUGGGGAGAAGUUCCUCGACGCCAACAGCUUGGCCCAGCAUGUACGGAUCCACACAGCCCAGGCCCUGGUCAUGUUCCAGGCAGACACGGACUUCUACCAGCAGUACGGCCCAGGCAGCACAUGGCCGGCAGGGCAGGUGCUGCAGGCAGGGGAGCUACUCUUCCGCCCUCGGGAUGGGGCUGAGGGCCCGCCUGCCCUGUCAGAGACCCCGUCCACAGCCCCCGAAUGUCCACCACCAGCUGAGUGAGCCCCUCCUUCUGACUGACUAUUUAAAUACGGAUGGCACUCCAGAACUGAGGGGGUGGCCCUACUCCCUAGAGAAUAAAUGUGAUUAUUUUCU